AUACUGAUUGGCAUGGCAGGCCCUAACGAUGUGAAAUAGAUUACAAGGGGCCCAGUCUGGGUAGGAAUAAGCAUAAUGUCAAAAUUAAGAUCUUUUAUUUGAAAAAAGAUUAGGAUUUGCAAUAAAAUUUUUAUUAUUUUAUCGGGCGUAGGAUUGGCACCUCAAAAUGACAAUUUUGUCUAUUUUUCAGAAGAUUUUUAUGAGUUUUUAGAUGAUGUUAAUAAUUUCAGGAGAUUUCAUGGACUUUUUUGUAUAUUUUGCAAUUUCUAGAGAUUUCCAGGAGGCACUAGAAAAUAAGGGGGCCAAGGAAACCCUGUUAUUAUAUCUAAGUUAUAAUGGUUUAAUUUAACAAUUUACACCUAGAAUUAGCGCAGGGCCUUUGAAAGUAUGUGGCCCACUGUGGAUGCAGAGGUUGCUGUGGGCUAAAGCCGGCCCUGCUGAUGGGUCAGCAUCAAUAAACUCAGGGAGAGCAGGCUAAAAUCUUUGAACCAUGUGAAAAUACUGUGUAUUCAAGAUUGAUUAAAAAAAAAGUAUAUGUCUUGAUGGACAUACAAUUAAUUAUUGUCACCAGGCAAUCUAGAUGAAACAUGGAUGAAGCAGUUAUGUCUAUGAAGUCAAGUGAAAAAGAAAUUCACAAAAAUACAAAUAAUACAGACAUGCAAGAAAACUUUACAUUAGAUUUGAAAAUUGAAAUAAAGGUUGAGAAUCAGUUACCUGGCCAAACAGAGUUGUCAAACUUUGGUGCAACUUUUGAUUCACUUAUUGAAACUAAGCACCAGGAAAAAGUCAUAAAACUAGAGGAAAAUUUAAAUGUUAGAACACCAACAGAUGAAAGACAGCAAAAAACUUCUCAAGUCAAUGCUGCUGCAAAGGACAGUUCAGAUAAAACAUUAUUUUCUUAUGUGAUGACAAAACAUAAAAGAGAUUCGACAAAUCAGUCAGUUCAUUCAAACCAAAAAAAAGAAUUUCAGUGUGAAACAUGCCUAAAAGAAUUCACUUACUCUCAAAACUUAAAAAGACACCAAGUACUUCAUACUGGUGAAAAACAAUAUAAAUGUCACAUAUGUCCAAAGAUUUUUUCUCGGUCAUCAGGUUUGAAAAACCACUUAUCUGUGCAUUCUGGGGUAAAACCAUUUAAAUGCUUACACUGUCCAAAAGAAUUUAAUGAGCAGCGAUUUUGGAAAUAUCACCUUUUGGUUCAUUCUGAUGAAACAUCAUUCAAAUGUCACAUAUGUCUAAAGAUAUUUUCUCGAUCUUCAAGUUUGAAAAACCACUUAUUGGUACAUUCUGGGGUAAGAGCCUAUCAAUGCUUACACUGCCCAAAAGAAUUUUUUCAUAAACGAUAUUUGAGAAAUCACCUUUUGGUUCAUUCUGUUGAGAAACCAUACAAAUGUCAAGUGUGUGAGAAAGAAUUCUGUUCUUCUAGAUCAUUGAAAACACACCAAAUAAUUCAUUCUGUGGAAAAUCCAUCUAAAUGCCAAAUUUGUCAGAAAGAAUUCUCUCAUUCUGCAUAUCUACAAAGGCAUCAGUUAAUUCAUACCAGAGCUCCUCCUAAAAGAACAUUUUUAUGUCAAACAUGUCCUCAACAAUUUUAUAGCUUAUCAGGCUUAAAAACCCAUCAGGUCGUUCAUACAGGUGAAAAAAAAUUCAAAUGCGUACAUUGUCAAAAACACUUUUCUAUCUUAUCACAGUUAAAAAAACAUCUUCUGGUUCAUUCCGGUGAAAGACCAUACAAAUGUAAGAUAUGUGAUAAAGCAUUCUCGCAGUCAUCAGCACUGAAAUACCACUUUAGGAUUCACUCUGGUGAAAAGCCAUACAAAUGUCCACUUUGUGAGCAGGCAUUCACUCAGUCUUCGACAUUGAAAGUUCACCAAUUAUUUCAUUCUGGUGAAAAGCCAUUCAAAUGUCAAUUAUGCCAAAGAGAAUUUGCCCAGUCCACAGCAUUAAAAAUCCACCAGUCUGUUCAUACUGGCAACAAACCAUUUAAAUGUCAAGUUUGUGAGAAAGAAUUCUCUAAUUGUUCUAAUCUGAAAAGUCACCAACGGGUUCAUACUAAAAAACAACAAUAAUACAAGUGUGCCUAGUGUCUGAUAAACGCUUCACA